AACUACUUGUAAACUAUAGCAUGCAGCAAAGUAGAGUAUUGUCAACCGUUAUCCAGGUUGUCAAUUUUUUGAAACUUUAUAAAAAUGAGUAUAUGAAUGAGAUUAUAGUUAAAAUAGUUAACCUUUUACGAUAAUGCUUUUACCUAGCUUUUGCCUAGCAGGAUAGAUACAUACAAUAGAUUAUCUGAAAUAGGUAUCUUUUUGAAGUUUUCUGAAUAGCUUGGCACCUGAGAAAAGCAAAAUGAAUUUGUACAAAUUAUGUUCACUCGAUCUCUUCAAGUUCAGAUAUACCUUUCGCAGUUCUUACCCAGAUAACCUCAUUUCUAGGUCUUUUUUUAUCAAAAAUGUGCACUACCGCUCUAGAGACAACGUGGUUAAUUUAAAGAAUUUCAAGUUUUGUAAAAAGCAAGAGGAUUCACAUUUAAAGAAAUUUUUUUUUCAUUCUUAUGAGUCACUGUAACGCAAUGAGAUUUCAAUACUUUCUGCAUUACAAUAAAUGUUGUCAAUUUCUUAGCCAAAAUGGCAGCGGCGAGUAGCGACGGAUUAAUUCUCGUGGAUUUCUAAAGUCUUGUGCUAAUAAGUAAAAAUAACCCAAGCUAAUGAUAAUGAGAUUUUUUAGAGAAAACUGGGCUCGAGGUUGUAAAAAAUGCCUCGAUGGCAGAACAAAAAACUUGAAUGAGGUUGAUAUGCACGGUUAUUUUUUUUGUUUCCGCUUGAGUAAGUAAGUAUGCAGCACGACAAUUUUUAAAUUCCUCUCAUCCUCGGAAUGAUUUAAAUCUCCAUGCUUUCUCGAUUGGAACCUAUUUUAUUAGAAUAAUGGUAAAUUGUGCGUCUUGUCAGAGAUCGUUCAAGGUAAGGGUUGGAAAGACGAAAUCAACGCGUUGCGAAAAUUGUGCUAACUUUUGGCGCGAAGAAGAAGCAAAAAGACAACAAAAUGAGAGAGAGAAGAAAGAAAGAGAAAAUGAAGUACAAAUAAAAGAAUUAUUAUUAAGAGAAAAACAGAUGGAAAUGGAAAGACAAAAAGUAACAAUAAAAGAAACAUCAAGGAAUGGAAAUAUUAUAGAGCUGACUUGUUAUUAUGAUCAAAACACAAGGAAUAAAAUAACAGAUCUUUUAGCUGGUGCCAGGCGUGCUCUUCCUUGUCCACCAUCAUCAACACCUUCAGAUUAUCAACGUAGGAGAUUAACGAACUUAUUAAAAUCUCCUGAAGAUGGAGAAUUCCGUCGUCCACGACAACUCCCUUCUAUAGAUGGUUUAGUUAGAAGUAGAAUCGCACAGAGGUAUAAGCUUGAAGAAGACGCCGGAUCGUCGGCCGGAAGUGGAAUGUCGGUGGAUUAG